AAUGAAAAUAAUUGUAUUGAUUGUGCUGAUAGGAGCAGCUCUAGCAAGAGAUGAAUAUUUCUUUGCUUAAUUAAGAGAUUCAGAAUUUGGAAAAACAAUUAUAUAAACAAUAUAAGUAUAAUUGCUUUAAGAACAUCCUGCUGAUACAGUUGUUCAUCUCCUUAAGCAAAUGAAGGAUGACCUUCUCAAUGAAUAGAGAGCUGAAGAUGAAGAUGUGUAAGUGGCAUUGUAAAGUUGUCAAACAGCAUCUGAAUAAGCAGCUGCAGUAAUAACAGUUGCUAAGGAAAGAAAAGCAACAUCAGAAGAUAGAUUGCCUCUAUUAUAAUAAGAAUAAAAUGAUAAGAAAUAACAAUUAUUAGAUAAAUAAGGAGAAGAAUAAAGAAAUUUGGAUAGAAUUAGUGUAUUGCAAGAGGCUCGUAAUGUUUAAAGAGUAAUUUAAAUAUGUUAAUAAUUAUUAGAGUGAAUAUGAAUAAAGAAGAGAUGAAUUAGUAGGAUUGAUUUCAGCCUUAUAAGAAGCCAAAUAAAUUUUAUCAUAAGGAAUUACAUCAUUGAAGAAGACUAGUUUUGCUGAAUUAAAGAGUCAUCAUUAAAAUUUCUUGAAAUAUUAUCCUCACAAAAAGGGAUUCCAUACUAUGGUUAAUAUGUUAUUGGAAGUAUUAUAAGAUGAAGGAACAUAAGAAAGUGCAGCAUAAAAAGUUGUUAAAAUUAUUGACACACUUGUUGAUAGCAUAUUCUAAGUUUAAAAAGAAGAAAUGAAAGCAGAUGAUGGAAGAGAAUUAGAUUUUUAAACAUAAAAAGAAAGAUUACUAUUAGCCAAUAGAAGAUUAGAAGGAAGUAUUGCAGAACUAAAUGCUCGUUAUUUAGUUUUGGGAUAAAAGAUUUUGGAAGUCAAAAAUGAUGUAGCCACUUAAGAUUCUGUAAUAUUAUAUUAUUUAAUAUUAGGUUAUAUAAAAUAAAUCAACUGAAAAAGGAGAUUGGGAUUAAACUUGCAAUGACACUGAAAAAGCUCAUAGAUAAUAAACUGAUUCAAGGUAAUUAAUAAUUCAAUUUUUAUUUUAUAGAAAUUCUUAGCUUGAGAUUAUUGUUGAAUGUAUUGAUAUCUUUGAAACAAGAUUCGACAUGGAAACUAAAAGCUAUAUUCAACGCAUAAGAUUCUGAA